GUUCGAAGAUCAACAUGCCGGUGCUGACGACCAACACUAGCGGGGCUGCGCCACCCGUAGUGGGCGUGCUAGGUGGCGGUCAGCUCGGCCGCAUGAUGGCCAAUGCAGCUCACCGCCUCGGCCUGCAGGUGUUGGUGCUGGAUCCGCUGGGCGCCGAUUCCCCGGCUGGCCAAACGGGUCUUAAGGCCGUGGCCGGCAGCUUCACCAAGGAGGAGGACAUUGCCAAACUGGCCGAGCAGUGCGACGUUCUCACGGUGGAAAUUGAGCACGUGAAUGCUGCCUUCUUGCAAAAGUUGCAGGACAAGAAGGAGGCCAACCUGCAGGGUGUACACCCGGCGCCGGCCACCAUUGCCCUUAUCCAGGACAAGUACCAGCAGAAGCAGUUCUUCACACAGGUGCAAGGCGUCGAUGUGGCCCCGUACGAGAUCGUCACUUCUCUGCAGGCCGCUCGCCAGGUGGGCGAAAGGUUCGGCUACCCUUACAUGCUCAAGUCGCGUCGCUUCGCUUAUGACGGCAAGGGCAACGCUGUGGUCAAGAGCGAGAAGGACCUCGUAGAGGCCUUCGAGAAGCUCGGAGCUAAGUUGCUGGCCAAGGACGAUGCCGGUGUAGACUUGAAGGAGUUGGCCGAGGAAGAGGCCAAGCUGUAUGCUGAGAAAUGGGUGCCGUUCGUCAAGGAGCUGGCCGUGAUGGUCGUCAAGGGUGCCGAGGGCGACGUCCGCGCCUACCCCGUCGUGGAGACCACCCAGCGUGACAGCAUUUGUGACACAGUGCUGGCCCCGGCCCAGAUCCCUGAGGAAGUGGCCAAGCGUGCCGGCGAGAUGGCCGAGACUGCUGUUGCUCAGCUGGAUGGCCGCGGCAUCUACGGCGUGGAACUGUUCUUGACUGCUACUGGCGAGGUGCUGCUGAAUGAGAUUGCCCCACGCCCGCACAACUCGGGCCACUACACGAUCGAGGCCUGUGAAACGGACCAGUUCGAACAGCAUCUGCGGGCCAUCACCGGCCUGCCACUUGGUAGCUGUGCGCUGCGUGUGCCGGCCGCUCUCAUGGUGAACGUGCUCGGCGACGCUUCGUCGUCCGAAGACGUGAGCUUCUCGCUGCUCCGUGACAGUCUGAAAGUGCCUGGUGCCGCCGCUCACUUCUACGGUAAGGCCGGUGUGCGUCCGGGCCGCAAGCUCGGCCACGUGACUAUCACGGCGCCGAGCCUCUCGGAGCUCACCAAGCGUGCUACGGCCCUGUCCCCGGACGCGGCCAAGAACGCUGGCCUGACCAAGCACGAGCGUACGCCACUUGUUGGCAUUGUUAUGGGCUCGGACUCGGAUUUGCCCAGCAUGGCCGCUGCGGCCGACAUGCUGGAGAAGUUUGACGUGCCUUACGAGCUUACCAUCGUGUCGGCCCACCGCACACCCGCCCGUAUGUACGAAUACGCGCAGAAUGCGGCGGGCCGUGGCCUCAAAGUCAUCAUUGCCGGUGCCGGUGGUGCUGCCCACCUGCCCGGCAUGAUCGCUGCCCUAACGCCGUUGCCGGUUGUCGGUGUCCCUGUCAAGACGUCGACACUUAACGGUGAGGACUCACUGCUCAGCAUUGUGCAGAUGCCACGCGGUGUGCCGGUGGCCACUGUGGCCAUCGGCAACUCGACGAACGCCGGUCUGUUGGCCGUCCGUAUCCUCGGUGCCGGGGACUCGUCACUCCUCGACGCGAUGGUAACGUUCCUGGACACGCAGAAGUGUGAGGUGGACGACAAGAUCGAGAAGAUGGCCGCCCAUGGCUGGAAGGAAUACCUCCAGAACAUGAAGAAGCAGUAGAGAUAAACUUGAAACAAGCAGAGAGGUUUUC